UUACGAGUAAAAUAAAUUGAUAAACAUGUCAAGAAUAAGUUUCGAUGGGACUGGAUGGAAAGGGAAAUCACUGAUACUGUUGGGAAGAAGAAAGUUACGACUUUGUUCGGAAAAUCGAUCGUCCCGGAAAUGUUUUGUGCACGUGGUGUCAUGGUAAUAUUGACUAUGGAUCACGAGGUUUCAAGGCUUUGGAAGUACAUGCGAAACGCCAAAAACAUGAAACAACUUGAAGCAAAGAAAACGAACUUUUCACUAGCUGGUACUUUUGGAUGUCAACCGAAAGUGAGCAAACCUUACGGACUUCAUCCUUUGUUUACAUCGACAACUGCCGUAGACAUCGAGAGGAAAGAUCCACCCACUUCAGUUGCAGACAGGGUUGUUAAUAAUGAGGGUGGAAUGACGAUUAUGAAGACACGAGGGUCAACCAUGUCGCCAAAUGUUUGGAAAUACGGCCUGGCCGUCCUAGCGCUGUUGGGCCUCGUCUUCCUGCUGCGCAACAUCAGCAUUUUGGAGAACUGGAACUGUAACACGGUAUCAGCGCUGUCGCAGCUCCAGAACCGCAUCCAAUCCUCCUUGUCUGGACCCGUCCCGGUCUACCACCACAAUCACUCCUUCUGUGCACAUCUGGGCCAGAAACCCUCGCUGGAAGAAGAGCUGGAGGAGCGCUACUUGUUGAGUUCCAUCGCCUGGCCCGGGCCACCCUCUGGCUCGGGACCCGUCGCCCUUCUGCAGACCAGCGACCCGGUCCACAGCCUCUUCUCCAUCCUCCCCCCUGAGAACGAGGGGCGGCGGUACGUUGGCGAGCAGCUCGAGAUCAUCGUCCAGAUGUACGACUUUAAGGGCCGAGCUAAAAGCUACGGUGGCGAUUUUCUUCUGGCUCGACUGCACUCGCCGGAGUGCAGGGCGGGCGUGGCCGGGGUGGUGCUGGAUCACGAGAACGGAUUCUACUCCGUUCGAUUCCCGCUGCUGUGGGAAGGCUCGGCUCAGGUGGAGGUCACCAUGGUGCACCCGAGCGAGGCGGUCGCCGUGCUGCGGCGGCUGAGGGAGGAGCGACCCGACAGAGUGUACUUUAACAGCCUCUACCGCCUAGGCCUUCGGUUUGAGACCACCGUAUGUAACGUGUGCCUGUCGCCCAACUGGGGACCGCUGUGCGACUACACAGACCCUCGCACUGGCGAGCCGUGGUACUGCUACAAACCUAAGACGCUCGGCUGCCAUGCCAGGAUCAACCACGCCAAGGGAGGCUACCUCAAAAACCUCACAACAAACAAGGAAGCUCUGCUCUUUCAAAGUGGAGUCAACAUCAAAGUUCCCAUCCUGGCUUCGGGAAAGAACACGAUCAAGGUGCUGCCUUCAAGGACAGGUAGGACCUCCGCUGCGCCGCCCGAGAGCUUGAUUGUUUUCAGGUGUUUCCAUGCCUUUCAUUGCACGGCCGUAGAAAGUGCCAUCAACCUGGAAGAGACGUCUGGGUAUUACUACCAAGACUCGUGGAGACCUUUAGGCGCCGUCGCCAUGCGCCAGUUCGACUCGUCCGCCAUCACUCGGUGUUUGAGCAACAAGGUGGUGCACAUGUACGGCGAUUCCACCGUCCGCCAAUGGUUUGAGUUCCUGGUGGAGGCGCUGCCAGACUUGAAGGAGUUCAACCUGCAGAGUCCUAAAAGGGUGGGGCCCUACAUGGCGGUGGACAGCGGCCACAACAUUCUGGUGACGUACCGCUGCCACGGGCCGCCGAUACGCUUCACCACCGUCAUGGCCAGCGAGAUGCGCUACAUCUCCAACGAGCUGGACGGCCUGAGCGGGGGUCCCAGCACGGUGGUGGCCCUCAGCAUCUGGUCUCACUUCAGCACCUUCCCCGUGGAGGUGUACGUGCGGCGCCUGCGCCACAUCCGCAAAGCCGUGGUGCGGCUUCUGGAGCGGGCGCCGGGGACAAUGGUGGUGAUCCGCUCGGCCAACCCCCAGGCCCUGGACCAGCAGGUGAGUCUGUACAACAGCGACUGGUUCUCCCUGCAGCUGGACGCCGUGCUGCGCGCCAUGUUUAAAGGCCUGGACGUCCUGCUGGUGGACGCCUGGCAGAUGAGCGUGGCGCACCGUCACCCUCACAUCCUCCACCCCUCGCCCGUCAUCGUCAAGAACAUGGUGGACCUCAUUUUGUCCUACGUGUGUCCCUAGAAAUACCAAAGAUGGCCAUGAUGGACGCGGGCCACCAUUUGGCUCUGGAGUUAAAAACGGCCUAAAACUAUGACAUCACUGACAAGGAUGUACUUUUAGGAGAAAAGUCAUACUACUAAAGUCAUUUUUACAACUAGUCGCAAUACCUGAGGAUAGAAAAUAGUCAUCCCUCGCCACAUCACGCUUUCUUCAACAUUUUGGCCCUAAAUGAAGCACUUCCUAGACUAAAACGCCUAAAUAAACUACAAAAAAAUGUAAACUACAGUUGUAUUGGCCACUAGAUGAGAGCAAACCAAUCAGAUCACGCUGUUCAGUAUCGUGGCCACUGAUUGGCUCAGCCUCAAGCCGCAUUACUAUAUUGGAUUAAACAGUGUAAAGGUGACUAGAGGGUGCUACCGUAUUUUUAGGAGUAUAAGUCGCACCGGCCGAAAAUGCAUAAUAAAGAAGGAAAAAAACAUAAAUAAGUCGCACUGGAGUAUAAGUCGCAUUUUUUGGGGAAAUUUAUUUGAUAAAACCCAACACCAAGAAUAGACAUUUGAAAGGCAAUUUAAAAAAAAAGAAUAGUGAACUACAGGCUGAAUAAGUGUACGUUAUAUGAGGCAUAAAUAACCAACUGAGAACGUGCCUGGUAUGUUAACGUAACAUAUUAUGGUAAGAGUCAUUCAAAUAACUAUAACAUAUAGAACAUGCUAUACGUUUACCAAACAAUCUGUCACUCCUAAUCGCUAAAUCCAAUGAAAUCUUAUACGUCUAGUCUCUUACGUGAAUGAGCUAAAUAAUAUUAUUUGAUAUUUCACGGUAAUGUGUUAAUAAUUUCACACAUAAGUCGCUCCUGAGUAUAAGUCGCACCCCCGGCCAAACUAUGAAAAAAAACUGUGACUUAUAGUCCGAAAAAUACGGUAUUUCAUGUCUAGAAGAACUUAUUUAGAAGGUAGUUAAUACAUUUUUUUAUGCUCAAACAAUGAAAAUAUUCCAUUUAUAAUUCAUAAUUCCUACUUUGCAGGAAUUCAUUUAUUGCUGUCAUGUCAGGAAGCAAUAACAGCGAUAGAAGGGGCGAUUAGUGUACUUCGUUUUAGGAUUACAAUUUAAUUUACUCCCUCACGCAAAUGUUGUUGUUGUUGUACAAGUUACGGGAAAAAAAGGCUCAGACUUAUACAAGCGGAGAAUUUAUCGCAAAUGUUGCCGUUCCUCCAUUGAAAAGUACAACUUGAAAAAUUCAGAUUUUUCUGGCAGGAACAGAACUUUUUUGUUGCACAAUUAAAGUGUAAAGUUACAGGAAAAAGUUAAAAUUUCUGACUAAAAUCCAUUAUUGGGAGGAUGAAGAUUUAGAAUGCUGAAGAAAAUUAACCCGGUUUUGUUGAACAAUGGAUUAAUAAGGUAGUCAUUUUACGAAAAAAAUGUGAGAGAAUACGGGAAUAAACGCAUAAAAAAGGCUGCUUUAGACGUAUUUAAAAGUACGACUUCUCGGAAAAUUACAACUUUGUUUUUUUGAUAAUUCAACUUUGUUUUUU